AUGGCAGUGGCGAAGGACAAGCUAUGGCAUUUCCUUGCGAGUCUCGGGAUGGUUUGGUUCUUCUUUGCAGGGCUCUCCCUCAUCGACCACUGUUUCUUUCCUAGGACAACCACCCAGAAUGAGCAUUCUGCAGAAAAUGCAGAACCAGAUGAAGAAAAGCAAGAGUUGGAGACACAGAGCCCUUCUAUUGCUUCGGAUCGUCAAGAGAAGCAAGAACAACCUACCACGGUUUUUCAAACAAUUUUGCAGUCCACAACACGUUGCAUUCUGUUGGCCAGUUUCCUCUCCUUCGUCGUGGGGGCAGCCAAAGAAUUUGCGGAUGUGAUCUGGAAUGGUUGGCCCUGGUGUACCAAUGGGGUUUGCCAUGGAGAUGGCUGGGACAUUCUCGCCAAUCUCGUUGGUAUCAUUGUGGGGGCUGCCAUUCUCUUUCUUGCUACCAGCAUUAGAGUCUGGAUGGUGGCAAAAAAUCAAUGA